AUGGAUCGUAAAAAAUAUUUUGAGUCAUUUAAAGUGAUGUUAAGUGAUGAAAAUACAUUUAAACGUAUUUCUUUUGGUGGGGUGAAGAAGCAUAUAUCAAACAUAAAUAUGGCCAUCUAUGACUUACAACUAACAAAUGAUAUAAACACUAGAGAGGAACCAUUAAGUUCUGAUCAUACUGUCGCUUCCAUGAUGCAAAAAUUAGGAUUUGAAACUAAAUCUGCUUUGUUUGGACGUGGCACAACAUUGCCGUUGGGCAGAGGAGUUUUUGGAAGGGGCAAGCCUGAUGAUGAUGCUGCCACCCCAUCUGAAGUUAGUUCAGCUGUUCCUUUAGCUACAACAGUACCAGCACCACCAAUGUCCCUUGCUACAAGAUUGGAGAGGCCAUUUCUUGGGAGAGGAAGCAUUUUUGGUCGAGGAGAACCAGAGCCCCCAGUUGUUACUUUGAGAAGGGCAUUUAUAGGACGAGGUAUAGCUCCUCUUUCUGCCUCUGUUUCUUCUUCCCUUCCUCAGCUUAGUAAACCGGCAGCCCAGAGUAGAGAGUUAUUGCCUACACAAGGAGCUCCAUCAUCAGCAGUAACUGGCGAGGUAGCAAAACGAGAACCACUUCUGAAAAAAGGAUCCAAAGGACUGCCGAGAAAGUUAGCUGUGAACCUGAUAAGAAUCCAUUGCCAGAAUGAAGCUGUGUACCAGUAUCACGUCACUUACAGCCCUUGUGUGGAGAGCAUGAAUAUGCGAUUUGGAAUGUUAAAAGAACACAAAUCUGUAACUGGUGACGUCACUGCCUUCGAUGGAACCAUCCUAUACUUGCCUGUCAAACUUGAAAAAUAUGUCAAGAGUCUACUUGAAAUUGCAAGCUGUGUAGUUUAG